CUCCACAUCCCUGUCAGCCGAACUUUUGGCAACCCACGAAGGUUUCGAGACGCAUUCUCCUUGAGCAUUCAAACCAUUCGACAAUUUCUUCUUGGUUAUAUAGAAACUGGCCUAUGCUCAUACGGUAGACUAAUGAGGCCUCCGUCGACACGGCCUGUGUCGAGGAGCGCAUUGAAAUUAUGUCGUCGCAGCAGCGGCGCAGCCUGGACGCGAAUGCUGCGGGGCUACGGCGUAUGCAGGACCUGGACCGGGCGCUCUUCGGAGGACGGAGCAGGCCCGGCACGGCGGACGCCCUCAGCGGCCUGAUGGACGAGUCGGCCUGGGCCGCCACCGCCACCGCCACCGCCGCCACCGCCACCGCGCCGGGCGCCAACCCCACCCGCAAGCAGCCCUGGGCGGCGUCCGGCGGCCGCGCCACCAGCCCGGCCGGCCUCCCGCCGCUCAUGUCGGCAUGGGGGCCCUCGGAUGCGCCCAACGGCCCCAGCGCGGCGCAGCAGCGGCAGCAGGCGCAGCGGCCCAUGACGGUGGGCAGUGUGGUCAGCGCCAGCGCCAGCAAUCUGGGCAGCGCCGGCGGCCGCAGAGCAGCCAACUCGAAGCCGACGCGGCGCGGCGGCGCCACCCCCAGCUCCCACACCGCUGAUGCCUCCUGGUUCGCCUCCAGUGCAGCCUCCACCGCCACUGCGGCGCAGCUGCAGGCGGCGCUGGCCACUGGCGGCGGCUACGGCAGCAGCGGCACCGCGGCGGGGACCAACCCCUGGGAGGCCACAUUGGAUGCCACGCCCGCACCGCGCUUCGGCGGCGCCGGCGGCGGCUGGGGUGGGGGCGCCGGCCUGGCGCUGCUGCUGCCGACGGGCGCCAGUCGCGAGUCGCUGCGGCUGUUUGAGCAGCGGCUGGCGGCGGCGCUGCAGCCGCUGUCGGGGCCGGCUGGCGGCGCCUCGGGGCCCAACCGUGGCGUGAUGGGGGGAGGCGGACUUGGCUCGCCGGUGAGGGGGGCGCCGGGCUCGCCCACCCGGCCCAUGACGCAGCAGGGCGGCGGCGCGCCGUGGUUCAGGGAGGGGCCCGGCUACGGCGGCGGCGCGUUCAGUCCGCCGCUGCCGCAGUCGCCGACCGGUGGCGCCAGCAUGGCAGGGUUCUACCUCCCCACCUCGGUAGUGGACCGGCCGGGGUCACCCACCCUCAUACCCAACGGCGCGGGGGCAGGAGUGGCGGCGGCGGCGAAUGGAGGCGGCGGCUCUAGCCUGCCGCCGCUGGUGCCGCGCUCGGCGGUGGCGGCUGCGCUGGCGGUGCCGGCCGGCGGCUCGGAGCAGCCGUGGGGCGGCGCGGGUCUGCCUGCGGGCAUGCACAGCGCAGUGGCGGAGCAGCGCGGCGGCACCAUCGCUGCCGUGGCCGUCAGCGGCGGCGGCCCAGGCAUGGCGGCGCUCACGGCCCGCGACCUCGUCUCGCCCAGCCAGCAGCCGCACGCGGGCAGUGCCAUACCCAUCAUCGUCACCGGCGGCGGCUGGGGCGGCGGCGGCGCCGCCGCCACCGGCACCGGCACCGGCGAUGACGGCGCCUCCUGGGAGGAGGUGGGCUCGCCGCCGCCCACCCUGGGUCGGCUGAUCAGCGCGCGGCCCAGCAACCGGCGGCAGCUGCAGCUGCUGGCGGACUGGCUGGACAACACCAUAGGCCUGCUGUGGGAGCAGCACCUCACGCAGCAGGCGCAGCAGCAGCAGCAGCAGACGCAGCAGGGCGUCCUCAGCAGCAUCGGGCGCUACACCGGGCCGGGCAAGGGCGGCGCGGCGUCGCGCCCCGGCACAGCGGCGCCGCCGCAGGCGUCAUCGCCGCUGCCGCCGCCGCAGGCAGACGCCACGGCUGCGGCCGCCGCCGCCGCCGGGCCCGGCAGCCUGUCUGUGGGCGCGGGCAAGGCCGCGCUGGCCGCCCGGUUCGGCAGCGUGGCGGCAGGGCUGCGUGAGCUGAGCGAGAACCUGGGGGCGGUGGCGGCGGCGCAGCCGGGCUUGUGGGCGGCGCUGGUGGAGGCGACCAGUGCAGUGGCUGGCAGCCUGGUGGGUCAGCUGGGCGCGCGGUGCUGGGAGGAGGGGGCGCUGCUGGCGCGGCUGUGGAACCUGCACACGGCGCUGCUGGACAGCGGGCUGGCGGCGGCGCGGCGGGCGCAGGGCGGGCUGGAGGCGGCGGCGGCUGACAUGGCGGCCAAGAUACGCAGGCUGGACCCGCUGGUGGACUGGGAGCUGGACGCACGCACCGCCAAGGAGUCCCUGGCGGCGCAGCUGGAGGCCUGCCGCGCCGAGGCGCUGCUGGCCGGCCGCGAGCGCGACUCGCUGCUGCGCGAGAACGACAAGAUCAUCGCGCACUACCGCAAGGAGCUGCGGUCCUACAAGCGCGAGCAGCGGCGUAACGCCUACCGCCUGGCGCGCAAGCUGCGCAACACGCAGCAGCAGCUGGAGCUCAUGACGCGCGACCGUGACGUGCUGUACGCGGCUGUGGCCUACACCAAGAGCCAGACGGGCCAGAUGGUGGACCUGAUCGGCGGCCUGCACGGCCACCUGCGCGCCGUGUUCACCUCGGACGCCGCGGCCGCCAUGCAGCAGGCGCACAGCGCGCAGUCGCAGGGGCACGAGCGGCGGCGCGCCAGCCACGCCAGCGGGCGGCGCAGCAGCGUGGGCACAAACGCCACAGACAGGCCCGACUCGGCCGGCAGCAGCGGCGGCGGCUCGGACCAGUCGGGCGACGGCGGGGUGUCGCGCGCCGCCUCUGCGCUGGCCAUGCUGCAGGAGGAGGUGUUCCCGGAGCUGCAGCAGAUCGAGCAGGGGCUCAAGAACAUCCAGAUAAACGUCACCAGGGUCCGCGACGUGAACCAGGAGGCAGAGGAGUCGCACUUUGUGGUGGAGGAGCAGGUCACCGUGGUGGCAGCCGCAGACAUGGUGGGGGACGACCUGGUGGAUGAGGUGCUGGCGGAGGGGGACCCCGAGCCCUCGCCCGAGGAGGCGGCGGCGGCGGCCGCGGCGGAGGCGGCGGCGGCCGCCGCGGCGGCGGCGGCGGAGGCGGCGCUGGCGGCGGCGGGCCCCGGCCCCGGCGGCACAUUGGCAGCGCUGGCGGAGGCGGCGCUCAUGGGCACUGACAGCGACUACAGCAGCAGCGGCUCGGACACGUCGGGUGACGAGGGCGAGGGCGCGGCCGCAGAGGGAGCCGAGGGCGAGGGCAAGGAGGGCGAGAGCGAGGGCGAGGAGGCCGCGCCCGCUGCCGGCAGCAGUCGUGUGCUCACCUCCACCUACACUAGCUCCGCACUGCCGCCGGAGCACAGCCCCGAGGACGCCUACCUACUGGGCGACGGCGGCGGCGGCGGCAGCGGCGGCGCGGGCGGCGACGGCGACGAGGGCCGCGCCUCCGCCACGCCCACACCCUCCGGCGCCGCCGCCGCCAAGACGCCCUCGCGCCGCCACCACCGCCACAAGCACCGCCACCGCCACCGGCGCCAGGACUCCGAGUCGGGGUCCUCCGAGUCCAGCGCCGCCGACGGCGCCUCCGCAGCCGACGGCGCCUCCGCAGCCGAAGGCGGCGGCGGCGGCGGCGGCAGCCACCGCUCUCGCGACCGGGAGCGCGGCAGCCGCCGCGCGCGCGGCUCAUACCCUGUGUCGACUGUGUCUGCUCAGACGGGUCUGGACCUGCUGACGGGCUGGGGGGACCCGGAGCUGGUGUCGGCGGGUCGGCACAUGGGCGUGUUGCGGGAGGCGCUGGGCGAGCUGGGCGUCAUGGCCAACCCCAACGACGACGCGGACGGCACGGACGGCCUGCUGACGGCGCUGCGGCAGUACAUGGAGGGCCUGGCCGGCGAGGCGGGCAGCCUGGCGCAGCAGCUGGAGCGGGUGCGCGGCGCGGCGGAGGCGGCGGAGCAGGCGCGCGCCGAGCUGGCGCAGGCGGUGGAGGCGCGCGGGCGCGAGGUGGCGGGGGUGCGGCGGGAGCUGCUGGAGACCAAGAAGACACACGCGGCGCUGUGCGACUCGCUGGAGGCGCUGGCCCUGAAGAAGCUGUCGGAGCCCAGCCGCGUGCCCGCCGCCGACUUCCCGCCCGACUACCUGCCGCCCGGCGGCCGCAAGGGCGACAGCGGCUGCGUGGACGUGCGCAAGGCGCUGUGGGUAGCCGAAAGGGUGCUGGGCCGGCGCAGUCCAAAGGCCGCCUACGUGUUUGCACAGCAGCUCAACGGCCGCGCCGAGCCUAUCCUGGCUGCUGAGCUGGACAGCUACUUCGUGUCGCCGGGCAGCUACGGCGCGGAGCUGCAGCAGGCUCGCCAGUUCGAGGCCCACCGCGCCGAGUUCAAGCGCCUCAGCGCCGCGGCCUUCCUGGACCUGCUGUGCGCCGAGUUCAGCCGCAUGGAGGGAGCCUUCAGGGAGCUGCUGCCAGAGCUCUUCUCGCAGUACGACUCGGACGCGGACGGCUGGGUCACGCGGCCCGACGUGAGCGGCAUGGUCGCGGACAUGGCCGCCGCCUUCGCGCAGGCGGGCGUGCACGUGGCCGGACCCGACGGCGUGGCGGCCACCGUGCUGCCGGUGGGCGGCGGCGGCGGCGGCGGCCUGAAUGAUGCCGAGCUGGAGGCGCUGACGGAGGCGGUGUGGGCCGCGUUGGCGGCGGCGGAGGCGGACGCGCGCAGUGCCGCCGUCAACCCGCCGGCGGCGGGGUACCCCGAGGGCAAGGCGGCGGCGGCGGCUGUGGCGGCGGGCGGCGCGGCGGCGGCGGCCAUCACGCACGUGUCGGACGCGGGUUUCGCGGAGGGCGCGUUCCGUGCCGACUUCCUGCGGGCCUGGGCUCGGCUGUUCCGCACGGCGGCGGCGCCCGUGGUGGUCAGCAAUGCGGCGCUGGGCGAGUCCGAGCUGCAGGCGGCGCGCGAGGCCUCCCGGCGGCUGCUGGCGGUGGUGGUGCACCGGCACUGGGCCAGCCACGGCGCGGCGCUGGAGGGCUUCUUCGAGGCGGCGGGGCAGCAGGCGGAGCAGCAGCUGCGGCAGCAGGCUGGUCUGCUGGAUGUGGAGAUGGGCGGGCCCGACGGCGACGGCCGUGACGGCCCGCGGCGGGCUGCUGCGCUGUGUGCUGUGCUGCGGCUGCUGCUGGUGCGCAAGGCCGAGCGCCUUACCGGCCUGCUCACGCCCGAGCACCUCACGCUGGGGCCGCACAACGGCCCUGACGCCGAGCUGGAGGAGCUGCUGGGCCGCCUGACCGCCGCCGUGCGCCUGCUGUACGGCCCGCCGGGGGCCACCUGGGUGGUGGGCGCGGAGCUGGACGAGCUGGCCUCGCUGUCGGGGCUGGAGGCGGGCGACGUGGAGGCGCUGCCGGCAGGGUACAAGCGCUGGCUGGGCAGUGUGGUGGCUCGCUGCUGCGGCAUGCACGACCGCCUGCACCUGUCGCUGCCGCCCUCGCCGCUCAAGCUGCCCUCGCUGGCGGCGCACCGCGGCGUGGCGCACUGGGCGCGGCUGUGGCGCCGCAACGCCGUGGCGGUGGCGGCGGGCCGGCGGCGUGUGGCCAGUGGCGGCGUGCACUCGCCCAGCAACGGCAUGCGGCGGCCGGAGUCGGCCCUGGUGCGGCGGGUGGGCUCGCCGCGGUCGCCCUCGCCCACACAGCAGGGCUACGCGGCAGCGGGGGCAGGGGCCGCCGGUGGCGGGGGCCCAGGCGUGGCGGCGGGGGCGGCGGCGGGAGGGGGAGCAGGAGGGGGUGCACGGCCAGGGUCUCCCGCUAAGGCACGGCUGGGGUCGGCCGUGGGGAGUAGCAGCGUCAACCGGCGCAGCGCCAACGGGUUGGUGGCCGCCACGGCGGCGGGCGCGGGUGGCGGCAGCGGCGGCGGGGCCAUGGCGUCGCCGCGGCCGGCGUCGCCGGGUGCGGCCGGCCUGCCGCGGCCGGCGUCGCCCACCAUGCGACCGGGCUCGGCGGCACAGAGGCUGCGUGCGGCCACCGCGGCGGCUGCGGCGGCUACGACUGCGGCUGGGUCUGAUGCGGAGUGAGCAGGAGCUAGGAGGAAGAAGUGAAGCACGUGAUGUUGGACUGAGGUAACUUUGAGUGUUAUUCAUUUGUAAACUUGGGAGUGGAGGGUCUGAGCAUGGUGGCUUGGAUGGUUGGAGUGAGUGAGUGACACGCUCACACGCAAGGGGGUAAACCUGGGGCACGACGGGUCGGGCGGGGGUGAGGGUUGGGUGUUUUGAGCGUGAAGGGGUGUUGCAAGGACGUGCAGACACUUUUGACCCCUGACUGCCCGCUGACUUAGUGCAAAACGCGGCAUCCUUGGACACAUGAACUGAAAUAGCCGAUUCGGGGGAAGCAAGUCCCCGCAGGGUUCCCCGCCGGGUUGAGUCCGGAGCAGUCGUGGGAUGGUGGCCCGAGACGUGUUGCCAAAACGUGGUCAGCGACCGGGUCGUCGAGCCACGCUACCACGCGUCGACAUGCAAUCGCCUGUGUCAAU